UCCCCAAACUCAAGAUGAAGUACCUUCCUUUGCUCGCUAUUUUCCUGAUCCUUGGCUGCUCCUCCCUUUCCAAUGGAGCUGCUGUGGGCAAGCCCACGGGUCAACCGGGAUGCCAGACGGAAGAGGAGCUGACGGUGGCCCUCUAUCCCCACUUCUACCUGAAGAACGCCUACUGGAUUUGCUCCGCCCAGGGAGUUCCCGCCACCCUCGCCCAGUGCCCCAUCGCCUCCGCCUGGCUGGAUUCCGCCAAGAGAUGUGUUCCCUGGUCCGAGUGGACCUGGUCGCCCACCGUCCUGCCCCCCAGUGAACCCGCAGUUGCAGUCUAGGAUUGCCGAACAAGAAGCCAAACAUUUGAAAUUCUUGAAAAAUAUUUGGAAAAUAUAUGAAGUUCACCAACAAAA